UCAUAACCUCUAGUCAGUCAUAGCGAGUCAUAGCUAUAGUUUAUGAAAUUUUUUUUCACGCUGCACAUUUUGUAAAAUAUUCUGAUUACAAACUCCGUAAAUAUGGCAAAAUUUGAUUUGACCAGCAAAAUCGGUCAGUAUUUAGACAGGCAUUUAGUAUUCCCCUUACUGGAAUUUUUAUCGCCAAAAGAUAGUUGCCGGAUCUACGACCAGAGGGAACUAUUGAAAGCUAAAUUAGAAAUAUUGAAUAAAACAAACAUGAUUGACUAUACAAUUGAUAUUCAAAGUACGGUGUACCCAGAUGCACCAUUGGGGGAAGAAAUGAAACGAAGACGUCAAGAAGUAGUUACACAAUUGUCAGUAUUGCAAGAGAGAGUGGAGCCUAUUUUACAGAUGAUGGAAAACGACGAAGACAUGAAAAAAAUGGAGAGUAUGAGAGAUUCUAAAGCUCUUAUAAGUUUUCUGUCAGACAAAAUCAAUUUUAAUAUGGAAAUGAUUGAUGAUUUGCAUAGAUUAGCAAAGUAUCGUUAUGAGUGUGGCAAUUAUUCAUUAACAGUCUCAUAUUUAUAUUUUUGCCUUCUGGUCUUACCUCCAACAGACAAAAACUAUCUCAGCGUUUUAUGGGGUAAACUGGCAUCUGAAAUUCUCGUGCAAAGUUGGGAUUCAGCUCUUGAAGAUCUAAACAAGUUACGCGAGUAUAUUGAUUCCAAUCAUUUUAAUGGUACAAGCUUGCAACUUCUACAGCAAAGAACAUGGCUUAUUCACUGGUCAUUGUUUGUUUUUUUCAACCAUAUGAUGGGGCGUGACCUCAUUAUUGAUAUGUUCCUCUACAGACCUCAUUAUCUUAAUGCAAUCCAGACUAUGUGCCCUCACAUUCUUCGUUAUUUAGCAACUGCUGUAAUAAUUAACCGAAACAGACGCUCUGCACUCAAGGACCUUGUUAAAGUUAUUCAACAGGAGAGUUAUACUUACAGGGAUCCAAUAACUGAGUUUUUGGAGCACCUGUAUGUUAAUUUUGAUUUUGAUGGAGCCAGACAGAAAUUACACGAAUGUGCUGCCGUUUUAGAUAAUGACUUCUUUUUGACAUCAUGCCUAGAAGAAUUUAUCGAAAAUGCACGUCUUAUGAUUUUUGAAACAUUCUGUAGAAUACAUCAAUGUAUUAGCAUUGGAAUGUUGGCAGAAAAACUGAACAUGAAUCCAGAUGAAGCUGAAUGUUGGAUUGUAAAUUUAAUACGAAAUGCUCGCUUGGAUGCAAAAAUUGAUUCAAAAUUAGGACAUGUCGUAAUGGGUGCUCAGCCACUAUCACCCUAUCAGCAGUUGAUUGAGAAGAUUGAUUCUUUAUCGGUUAGAUCGGAAACAUUGGUUGGAUUAAUUGAUAGAAAAUUAAAAGCAAGGACAGACAUCCGUUGGGGAAACUCUGAAUUCUGAUUACAUCUGUACUACAUUUCUUUUUACUUUUGUAAGAAUAAAUACUUAGUGCAGAGUACACACUUUAUUUCAAGUUAUAAAUAAAACAUUUUGUCCAAUAAAAAA